CCGAGCCGUGACGAGAGAGAGGGUAAACCGCCCGCCAACCUUCCUUAAGCAGACAGCAGCCAUUUGGGAACAUCCAGGAGCAGCCUCCGUCCCUAUCCAAAGAUCAAAACCUAUGAAACCACUGAGUUUGUGCCUUGUAACUCAUGGAGAAAGCAAACGACAACGAAAAACGCUUUCAGCUAGUGUUGCCCGAGGAUAUAGGCAACUCUGCAGAUUGUCAUCAUGGGUAUCCGAGGACUAAUGAGUUUUGUGGAAGAUCAUAGCAAUGACUUCUUCACUGAUUUGAAGUUGCGGGACACGAAAAUCGUUAUUGAUGGCUAUGCUCUUUUCCAUCGACUUUGUUUCAAUUCAAAUUUGGAGCUGCGCUAUGGAGGCGACUAUGAUGCUUUUUCAGAUGUUGUACAAAAGUUCUUUGAAUCACUGUUUGCCUGUAACAUAUGUCCGUAUGUUGUUUUAGAUGGAGGAUGUGACAUUUCAGAUAAAAAGCUUACAACUUUAAAGGACAGAGCCAGAGAGAAGAUUCAGACAGCCCAUUCCCUUUCUGUUGGUGGGGGUGGUUAUGUAUGUCCGUUACUCAUCCGGGAAGUGUUCAUCCAGGUUCUGGUCAGGCUACAGGUAUGUUUUGUCCAGUGCUUUUCAGAAGCAGAUCGGGACAUUAUGACACUUGCCAACCACUGGGAUUGCCCUGUGUUAUCAUCAGAUAGUGACUUCUGCAUCUUUGACCUAAAGACUGGGUUUUGCCCACUGAACAGCUUUCAGUGGAGAAACAUUAACACUUUCAAGGGCACAAAAAACUGCUAUAUUCCUGCCAAAUGCUUUUCCCUUGAUGCGUUCUGCCAUCACUUCAGCAACAUGAAUAGAACCCUGCUACCUCUCUUUGCGGUACUAUGUGGAAAUGACCACAUUAAUCUGCCCAUCAUGGAGAAAUUCUUAAGUAAAGUACGUCUUCCCGUUGGAACCACCAGUUCUAAGGGGAGGAGACACCAUCGAGUCCUGGGCCUACUGAAUUGGUUGUCUCAUUUUGCAGACCCUUGUGAAGCACUAGAUAAUGUCCUCAACUAUCUCCCAAAAAAGGAUCGAGAAAGUGUUAAGGAACUUCUCUGCUGUUCCAUGAAAGAGUACCAGCAGUCCCAGGCGAAGCUGCAGGACUUCUUCCAGUACGGCACUUACGUCUGUCCAGACGCCUUGAACUUGGGCUUACCAGAAUGGAUACUAGUGGCGUUAGCCAAAGGCCAACUACCCCCUUUCAUCAGUGAUGCUUUGGUGCUACGAAGGACUAUCCUUCACACUCAGGUAGAAAACAUGCAGCGACCAAAUGCCCACAGGGUGUCGCAGCCCAUCCGGCAAAUCAUCUAUGGACUUCUUCUAAGUGCUGCACCACAUCAGCGAGAUGCAGCCUGGCAGGCGUUGCCUCCUCAGCCUGUAGCCUUCCGGGAGGUGGAAAGGAUUCACAGAAAUAUCACAACAUCAGUCGUUGAUGCCGUAGAACUGCUCAGGGACCGUUCUGACCUAAGCACGUUCACUGAGGGUGUACACUUCCUGAAAGCUGGCAUUGGAAGAGGAGCUGGGACUUGAGCCAGGCACUCUGAUAAGGGGAUGCAGAGGUGGAGGAAGAUGGCGACUGAGUAAGACGCUUGAGGGACCAUCUCCCACAGAGGCACCAGUCUGAACAGCUAUAAACGCA